GCAGCUCCAUCGCUCAGUAUAUAAAGCAGGACAACGACGGAAGGAGGACGGCUGGGGACUCGCAGCCCGGGAUUGUAAAUAAGACCGCUAAAACUGUGUUUUAUUUACAAAAGUAAUGCCGGCUGUUUUAAAAUAUCGUUCCCAGUUGUUUUAAGUCGUUUUUCGUAAUUUUUGGCUCUUAUUUCUCGCCUAUUGCCGUGUGGUUUUUACACUACGCGUAUAAUGGCGAGCUCGGCUAACUCGAACCCAGUGCCUAAACUAUACAAGUCUGUGAUUGAGGAUGUGAUCAGCGAGGUGCGAGAGCUGUUCCUGGACGAGGGAGUGGAUGAGCAAGUGCUCCUGGAGCUGAAAACGCUAUGGGAAAACAAACUGUUGCAGUCCAAGGCAGUAGAGGGCUUCCACACUGAGGAGCAGGCAGCCCUGCAGGCCGCUCAGCAGCAGCAGCAGCAGCAGCAGGUACAGCAGCAGGUACAGCAGGUCCAACAAGUCCAGCAGGUGACUCAGCCAGCGCAGGCCCAGCAGGUCAUCCUGCCCCCUCAGCAGCAGCAAGCUCCCCAGCAGCAAGUCAUUGUUCAGGAUUCCAAGAUUCUACAGCACAUGAGUGCAACGGGGAUGAGUGCAGCAGCUACCGCAGCAACCCUUGCUUUGCCCACAGGGGUCGCCCCAUACCAACAGCUCAUCACCAGCCAAGGUCAGAUCCUGCAGGUGGUUCGUGCACCCAAUGGGGCUCAGUACAUCAUCCAGCAGCCUCAGCAGCAGAUCCUCCUGCAGCAGCAGAUGCAGCCUGGUGGUGUGCAGGCACCGGUCAUACAACAGGUAUGCCCUGUUAGACAGGUCCUGGCUCCUCUGCAGGGAGGCCUGCCCCAGCAAACAGGAGUUAUCAUCCAGCCGCAGCAGAUCGUCUUAGCUUCAGGAAACAAAGUCCAAGGCAAUACACAGGUGAUGCAGGCAGCAAUGGCGCAGCAGCCUGGUCAGGCAGCAACAGCUCAGGUCCAGCAGGUUCAGCAGGCCCAGGGUGCAGCUGCGCCCCAGGCCCCACCACAGGCCCAGCAGCAAGCCCAGGCUCAACCCCAGCCUCAGGCACAGCAGCCUCCCAUGAUACUGCAGGCAGACGGCGCCGGAGACACCUCCUCAGAAGAGGACGAGGAUGAGGAGGAGGAGUACGAUGAGGAUGAUGAGGAGGAGAAGGACAAAGAUGGGGGCGAGGAUGGGCAGGUCGAAGAGGAGCCACUGAACAGUGGGGAUGAUGUCAGUGAUGAGGAGGACCAGGAGCUGUUUGAUACAGAGAAUGUAGUGGUGUGCCAGUACGACAAGAUUCACAGAAGUAAGAACAAAUGGAAAUUCCACCUGAAGGACGGGAUCAUGAAUCUGAACGGGAGAGACUAUGUCUUCUCCAAAGCCAUUGGGGAUGCCGAAUGGUGAAGUAGAAAAGAAAAAAAAAAACAGACAAAGCAACAGGAGCAGGAACUCUGUAACUCCUUCUAUCCAGUUAACAGACACUUCAAUAUCCUUCCAUAUCCUGUGACUGGAUUCAUUUCAGGAAACUUCUGCCGAGUCUUUGAGAACUCUGACGAACCCAAAGGACUGUGAGGUACCGUAAAACCAGGGUGUCGUCAGAAACACUCGACUUGCCUUGCGGGAUGAGAAACCCACAGGGGGAAGGGAACGCCUGCGAACAGAGCGCUCUUUAUCUUUUUUUGCUUCUUCCAGGCUUCUCUACGUUUUUCCUGAGAGAAUUCACACACAUUGGAAAGUAAGCAUUUCACAUCGUACAGGUGUAGUGGACCAGGGUGACCUGACCCGCCCUGCCACAGGAGGGUCAGAGGUCACUCAUUAUAACCCCGUAGAUGAGAAACACGUUCAUGAUGCACUGUAGUCGGUUGACUGGAUUGACUCGUGUCCACAUUUAAGUCCAAACUUAGUGCCACCAGUCGGGAUUGCUGCCUUUAGAACGGCCAGAAUCAACUUUUGGCUUCUGAUUUUUGUUCUUGGAUCGUAAUUCUCUCAAUUCAUGUUUAUGAAAAUGGUGCUCCAGAGUGUUUUAUGUAGUUAUCAACCUGUUAUUGUUUUAAGCUUUUUUUUUUUAAGAAUGUGUUUGAUGAAGGGUUCAGACAAAGAAGGCAAAAUUACAUUAAUCUUAAAAUAACUAAUAGUCGUUUAAAGGCAUUAUUUUAAUCUUCUAUCAAGUGCUCAAUCCAAAAAGUAGUUAUUAUUUUCCUCAUCAGCUUCUCUGGAGCUUUCAUUCCAUGUUUAUCCAAAAAUACUUUACAAAAAAAAAGCAAGAACAGAUCCAACACUGAAUUCAAGAAUUGUACAAAAUGUCGAAAGUUUGUCCUGUUGGUGUAAAUUCUUUGCUCUUAUUUUAGUUUCCUGCAGCCGUCUGAAAAUUUGCACUGUCAGUUUAUCAAUGUGUUGUGAAUCAGUCAGUCGAGUUAAUCAAUAGCCACAGCGUGCUCUCUUCUGUCUACGUGUGUGUGUGUGUGUGUGUGAGAAAGAAAGUGUGAGACAGUGACUGGCUGUACAGGCAUGUGCUGAGUGUGUUCACUGUGUGUGUGUGUGUGUGUGUGUGUGUGUGUGUGUGUGUGUGUGUGUGUGUGUGUGUGUGUGUAGGUUGAUUGAUGUGUGUUGUCACUGCUUUUCUCUGGAAAUGUGUUUAUUUUUCUUGCACACCCCAUAAUCUCAAACUGUCACAGUUCAAACAGUAAUUUUUUUUUUUUUUUUUUUUUUUUUUUUUGGUGGGGACAGGGCGGUGUCCUUUAUUUUAUUUUAUUUUUUUAAUUUAUUCCUGAAAGUUCACGAAAUGUUCUAUUUUUUGAAAAGGUUGGAAAGCCGCACCAAACUGUGCUCUUAUAAUCUAAUAAGUGUUCCUUUAUUAUUUUUUUUCUUUGUCGGUUGGACUAAGCUACAUAACGCUGUGCUCCAAAUCAUUUCGUCCACCAUAUGUUCUCCUGUGCUUUCAUUUUAAUCAUGACUUUUAAAUGAGAAUAUUUUCUAUCGAAGUGAGUUUAACUCGGGGGGGCCGUGUGUUUCUCUGCAGUUUGUUUUUAGUGCCCCUGUUGCAGCAAUUUGAAAUAAAGUACGUGUUUUUUGA